AUGUUGUGUGUCCCCAUCCUUGUCCUGGCGGUGGCCACGGGGCCGUUCCGAGCUGGGGCUGUUCAUGAAGCCUGCAGGACAGCAGAGGUGGCCAAUGUUCUGUUCCUGGUGGGGCAGACGGACGGUGCAGGGAAGGAGAGCUCCCGGCUGCUCCAGGAUUUCAUCGGGAGCGUGGCCAGAUCCUUCGAGAACAUGGAGACGGGAAGAGGAGGCAUCCGGCUGGGCCUGGCUCUGUAUGGGGAGACACCAAGGAUGAGAGUUGAGCUCACGGACUACGCAACCAUCAAAGGAAUGCUGGAUGCAGUUCAGGAUCUCUCCUUCAAAGGCAGCAGCCUCCAAACAGGCUCAGCCCUGGCUUUUGCAGCUCAGGCCUUGUCCCACCAGGACACCCUGAAAGAGGAGGCAGCAAAGGUGGUGAUUCUGAUCACGGAUGGGAAAUCCAGUGAUUCCGUGGAAGAGGGAGCCCGGAUCCUGCAGGAUCAGGGGGUGACAGUGUUUGCUGUGGGGAUUAAGGAUGCUGACAAGAACCAGUUGGGCAGGAUUGCUUCAGAUCCCGCUGCGGAGCACGUGCUUUACGUGGAGGAUUUCCAUCUGCUCCCAAAUGUGGCUCCCAAACUGUCUCGGAGGCUCUGCUUCACCGCCUCGGAGCCACCACGUCCUGUCAAGCAGAGGGUGCAAGAUGAGCAGAUCCUGGGCCCUCGGGAUCUGCGUGUCAGCGAGCACAGCCACAGCUCCCUGAGGCUUUCAUGGGUGGCAGCCACGGGCAGGGUGACAGGGUACCGUGUCCAUGUCCACCCCUCGCUGCCACCGGGGCAGCCGGAGCCAGAGCACCAGCGGCAGAUGGAGGUGGAUGGGGACACAACCACGCUGCUGGUGACAGAUCUGAAGCCCAGCACCAAAUACGUGCUGACGGUGAGGGCCAGCUAUGGAGGGGCCCUCGGGGAGCCGGCAGCCAUCAAAGGGAAAACAACUCCUGUGCCUCCAGUCACCAAUUUCCGGGUGAUAGAAGAAGGACUUUUCAGCCUGAAGGUGGCUUGGACACCUCCCCUGGGAAAACUGGAGGGCUACAAGAUCUACAUCCCCAGGGCCAACAAGCCUGGGAUGACCCUUGAGCAGAUCCUGCGGGGCGAUGUCUCUUCCCACCUGCUGGAAAACUUGCAGGAGGACAGGGAAUACAGCAUCAGCAUCUACGCCGUGUAUCCUGAGGGCCCGAGCCAGCCCGUGGCUGCUCUGGGGAGGACACUGAAGCUCCUGCCUGUGGAAAACCUCUUGCUGCAGAAUGAGACCACGGACACGCUCCAGGCCCGGUGGAGCCCUGUCCGGGGAGCAACGGGAUACAGGCUCACCUGGACAUCAGCAGAGGGCAGCAUCCAGGACGUGACCCUCGGCAGCUCCUACAGCUACUACAUGAUCCAGGGGCUGGAGCCGGGCACGGAGCACACAGUGACCAUCAACCCCGUCUUUGGGGACAUCGAGGGACCGGUGGUGACUGGCAAAGCCACCACGGUGGCAUCCAGCACUGUCCAAAUGCUGAAAGUGAGUGAGAUCUCCAUCAACAGCCUCCUGGUAUCCUGGGAUUCGGUCGCGGGAGCCACCGGGUACAGGGUGGCCUGGGGUCCGACACCAGAAUUCUUUGGCAAGGACCGUCCCCGUCACCUGGCCCUCAGCAAGUCGGUGACGUCCCACCAGCUCCGCAGCCUGGCCCCUGACACCGAGUAUGUGAUUUCUCUGUCCGUGCUCUUCGGCUCCGGGGAGGGCCCCGGGAUCACCACCUCGGCCAGGACGGCUCCUCUGGGAUCUGUCUCCAACUUCAAGGUGAUGUCCCACACCAGCACCAGCCUGUCCUUGGCCUGGAGCGCCACAGCCGCUGCCACCAAAUUCAAACUCACCUGGAGCCCCAUGGGAGCAGGCAAAGGAAAACAGGUUGCCAGGACUCGCUACCUGGGCAGCAGAGUGUUGGCUCAUCGGAUUGAGCACCUGGUGCCCAACACCCUGUACAGGGUCGGUGUCCGGGCUGUGUUCAGCAGGACCGAGGGGCCGGAGGUGGUCCUGACUCACCACACAGCUCCUUCUGGAGAUUCCAACCCCACCCUGACCAUCCAGGACCUGAGGGUUACUGACACCGGUGUAAACACUUUGAAGCUGGCUUGGAAAAAGCUUCCUGGGAUAAGUCACUACAAGGUAUCCUGGGAGCCAUCCAAUGGCAACUCGGAAUCCUCCCAGCUGGUCCCAGCGGAUGCCGCUUCCUUUGCCAUUCCCAAACUGAAGGACAACACCAGCUACACCAUCUCCGUGUCUGCGGUGGGAAAGGGACGGGAGGGAAAGCCCGCGGUGCUCACAGCCAGAACCUUGGAUUUUCCCAAAGUGACGGAAUUCACAGUGCAGGAGGCCACGGAUUCCAGCGUUUUGUUGUCCUGGGAUGCUGUUCCUGGAGCAUCCCUGUAUUUACUGACGUGGGGAUUGUCCUCAGCUCCCUCUCUUUCCCAGGAAUUGUUACCAGCAGCUUCCAGAUCGUUUCGAGUGACGGGGCUGCGCUCCAAGGAAAUGUAUUUGUUUUCCAUAAAACCAAUGUUUGGAGACUCGGAGGGACCGGAGACAACGCUCCUGGGACAAACGGCAGGAGCUCCCGGGGAGUCACCGACCACUCCAGUGGUUCCUGCACCGUUGGAUACGGGGAAAUCUCCAUCGGGAUCUCCCGGCAGUGUGGGGACCACUCCUCUCCCAGUGCCCACCAGUACAAAGCUCCCAGAGCCCCCAGUAUGGACCAGCACGGUGUCGGCACCGCUGACAACCCUGCCUGGGCUGCUUUGUGGGAAGCUCAAAGCAGACGUUGGAUUCCUGGUGGAUGAAUCGUCCAGCAUAGGCCAGAGCAACUUCAAUAAAGUGAAGGAUUUCCUCUUCCGGAUUGUUUCCUAUUUCCCCAAGAUUGGACCUGAAGGGACACAGGUUGCUGUUGCUCAGUACAACGAGGAGCCCAGGGCAGCUUUUCACUUCAACCAACACCGCGACCGCAACGGAGCCCUCGGAGCCAUCAAAGGGCUGAGCUACACCGGAGGCAACACCAAAACAGGCCGUGCCAUAUCCUACAUGUUAAAGGAAUUAUUCCAGCCCUCCAGAGGGAUGAGACCUGGCUUUCCUCACAUCCUGGUGCUUGUGACCGAUGGACAAUCCCAGGACGACGUGCUGCCCCCAGCCAGAGCAGCCCAUGCUUUGGGGCUCCGUGUCAUUGCUGUGGGGGUGUCAGGAGCUGACCCCAUGGAGCUCCACAGGAUUUUGCUGCAGCAGAACCCCCAGAAUGUUUUCUACGUCAGCACCUUCGAUGACUUCCCCCAAAUCCUCCAAGAGCUGAUAGAUGCCAUUUGUUCUGAUCCUCAGCUUCCAGGAACCCAAAUCCCACCGGGAAAGAGCUCCAGGGACUCAGCAGCUCACAGGGGUUAUGAGCCCCACAGCUUCACUACGAAGGGAGAGAAAGGGGAGCGGGGUCUCCCUGGGAAAGACGGCAUUCCUGGGCUGCCGGGCAGGCCGGGCCGGCCAGGUCCUCCAGGUCCCCCUGGAAUCAUGGGGCUCCCUGGCAGCCAAGGUGACAUUGGAUCUCCAGGCUAUCCAGGACCAGCAGGGCCAAAAGGAGACAGAGGAGAGCCAGGCUAUGUCCUGGGAGGAGUGGAGGUGAUUCCUGGUCGGAAUGGGCAGCCUGGCCCCGCUGGACAGAAGGGGCAGCCAGGAGUUCCUGGGGUUCCAGGACCACCAGGUUCUCCAGGGCCACCAGGAAUCUCCAUCAAGGGUGAACCAGGGAAUUCAGGAAUUAGGGGUCCCCGUGGGAGGAGUGGCCUCAAAGGAGACAGAGGAGACACGGGAGAGCCGGGAAAUCCUGGUUUGCCAGGCCCUGUGGGGCUCCAUGGGGCUCCUGGACUGCCUGGACCACGGGGAGAAAAGGGAAUGGCGGGAAUUGGCAUUCCUGGCACUGCUGGCAUGAAGGGGGAGGAAGGAGAGCAGGGAACAAUGGGACCUCCAGGAGCACCGGGACCAAAGGGAAUUCCAGGACCUCCAGGGCAGAAGGGAGACCAAGUUUUGGGACCUCCAGGCAAGAAAGGUGUCAAGGGAGAUCCCGGACCAGCUGGACCGCGAGGAGACAAAGGAGUCCCGGGAGAAAAAGGGGAGAAGGGAAGUCCGGGAUUUGGAAUUCCUGGCCAGCCUGGGCUGAAGGGGGACAUCGGUGACAGGGGAAAUGUGGGAUUGUCUGGGAAGCCAGGCCAGAAGGGGGAGAGAGGUGAACCAGGAUUCCCUGGCAAACCAGGAGAGGCUGGGCUGAGAGGAAAAGAUGGAGAACCAGGGAGGAAAGGCUCCUCUGGGACCGAGGGAGAAGCUGGAGUCCCUGGAGAGCCAGGAGUGAGAGGAAUCAGGGGUCCUCCUGGACUUCCAGGACGACCUGGAGAGCAGGGAAUGAAAGGAGAUCCGGGAGAACCUGGAAAGGAUGGAGAUCCUGGGAAGGACGGCCUGAGAGGUGAAAGAGGACCCCCAGGUCCAAAGGGAGAACCAGGCCCGCCAGGAAAAGGAGUGGAAAUGAAGGACCUGGAGAAGCUUUUUGAGGCGUACGGGAUCAAGCUGGCGCUGCUGAGGGACCUCUCCAACGCGAUCCUGCGGGAUGGGCUGGAUGAGCUCCUGUGGCACCGGGGUGGCUCCAGGACGAGCAAAACUUCCAGGGAAAACCAGGCAGCCGUGCCUGUCACCGAUCCGCUGGUGUCCGACACUUCCCACCGUGUCCCGGCCGGCACCGAGGUGACAGGAGAAGGACAGAGCCUGGAGCUGGAGGCUCUGGAGGUGCCGCUGUCCGGAGGAUUCCCUGAGGGCUUGGAUGUGCCCCCACCACAUCCAGGAGAUCUGCAGGAAAACCAUUCCCUGGAUUUCCUCCAGCCCUUGGAGGAGAGGCUGGAAGGAGAAUCCCAGCAGGACACCAGCCAGAGCCAUCCCUGUGAUCCAGGAGGAAGCAGUGCCCCUUCCCUGGAGGCUCCAUCACCAGCUCAUCCCCCCGGUGCUCCGGGAGCUCGGAAAUUCCCCUCGGGAUCCACGGCAUAUCCAGGCCCUCAUCAUCCAAGGAGAAUUAAGAUGGGAGCUCCUGGAGCCCGUGGAGACAAAGGAGAAAAGGGACAGCCUGGGGACGUGGGGGAGCCUGGAGAGAAGGGCACCAAAGGAGACCGAGGGGACGAAGGCCAAAAGGGAGAGCCAGGAAUUGGGUUCAGAGGUCCGGUUGGCCAGGCUGGGCCACCUGGAUUUAAGGGCGAGCCAGGGGCCCCGGGACCUCCAGGAGCUCAGGGCAUCCAAGGAAUUCGCGGCAACGCCGGCACUCCCGGAUCCCAGGGGGACAGAGGGGCUCCCGGUGUGCCUGGAAUUCCAGGACAGAAGGGGGAACGUGGGAGGAGAGGCCGGAGUGGAUUUCCAGGGCCCGUGGGGCCAUCGGGAUCCCCAGGAAAAGAGGGAAUUCCUGGGACCCCUGGAGCCAAAGGCAACAAGGGAGAAGCCGGCGUUGGAGCUGCUGGCCCGAGAGGUCCCCGUGGAUUCCCUGGCCCUCGGGGCGACGAGGGCAUCGUGGGAAUGCGGGGUCCUCCUGGAAUGAUGGGUCCAAAAGGCUUCCCGGGCGUGAAGGGCCAAAGAGGUGAUCGGGGACUUCUGGGACCAAAGGGAGAACGAGGUGAGUCCAUAACUAUUUUUGGACCCCAGGGCUACAAAGGCACCAAAGGAGAUCCCGGUGAGCAGGGACUGCCGGGUUUUGAUGGAGACAAAGGCGAGAAGGGAGAGGACGGACCCGUAGGAGAAAAGGGAAUCAAAGGAGAAGCUGGAGCCAAGGGAAUGAUGGGACUUUUUGGGAGCAGAGGACCCGUGGGACAGAAGGGGGAACCAGGAGAACCGAGCUCACCGGGAUCUUCCGGUGCAGCAGGAGUGGAUGGGAAGAACGGGAUCAAGGGAGCCAAAGGUGACAGAGGCCUUCAGGGACAGAAGGGGAAGCCGGGAGGGAAAGGUGACCCUGGGACCACCGGUGACACCGGGCAGAAAGGGACAAAGGGCUUGCGAGGGCUUCCAGGCCGGAUCGGCGCUCCCGGAGCCAAAGGUGCCAAGGGAGAAAUUGGCAGUCCUGGAAAACCAGGAAUUCCAGGAUCGAAUGGACAACGUGGACCAAAGGGCGAACCAGGAGCGUCAGGGAACGACGGCACCUCGGGAAUUCCUGGGGAGAAAGGAGAAAAGGGAGCCAAGGGAGUUCCUGGACUGGGAGGAUUCAAAGGACAAACGGGAUGGCCUGGGAAGCCUGGAGGGGCCGGAGCAGCUGGACCUCGAGGGCCGCAGGGCGAGCCAGGCCCACAGGGCCCACCAGGGAAAAGAGGGAGAUCCCAGCUCUGCCUGCAGGGGCCCCCGGGCGUGGAUGGGCCGAAAGGAGAAGUGGGGGAAAAUGGUCCGGCCGGGCAGAAAGGAGCCAAGGGAGAUCCGGGCCUUUCCGAGGAAGAGGUGAAGGAAGUGCUGAGGAGCGAAAUGAGAGGGAUUUGUGGUUGUGGAGGUGAGUUGGGAAGGAUGUCCAUGGAAAAGGGUCUGGACGCAGCUGAAGUCCACAGGCAGCUCCAAGGGUAUUCCCAGCCUCGGGAAUACGCCGGCAAUGGUGGAAAUUGGGAAGAAAAGCUCGGCACAACUCCCGGCAAGACCACGUUGGAGACUCCGGUGAAGCCCUUCAUGGAGCCACCUCCACUCCUUGCAGCCCCGUGCCUGCAGCCCAUGGAUGAGGGCUCCUGCCACCGCCAUUCCCUGCUCUGGUAUUUCCACGGCCCCACAAACUCCUGCCGGCCCUUCCUCUUCGGGGGCUGCCGAGGGAACAGCAACCGCUUCCCAUCCCGGCGGGAAUGCGAGCGGCGCUGCCGGAGCUACGCAGGCAGAGGGAAAUGA